UGCUGUCACACGCAAGCGUGAAAUCUGACGUGAUGCUCCAGCCACCGUCCCAUUCAAACGUUUCUCGGGAUCCUCCCUUCAGACAGUCGUGCGUAUGCGCUGCUAACGGCACAGCGGCAUUGUCAGAGCAGUAUUUGAACACAAGCGACAGAUUAACAGAGAGAAAUCAAUAGGUAACUUGGUCUGGAUUGAUUUUUUUCUGCGGCAAUGUAAAGAUGGCGAGAGUGCUCCACAACUUGCUGUUAUUUCUGAUCAGACUUGCGCUUAAAAUCAGAGUUUUGGGGUAUUGGUCGCUUAUAUACGGUUAUUGUGGUCUGUGCACCGUCGUAGCCCUCCUGAAACUUUGGUGGAACAUCGUCCUGAGGCCGACAACAACCUUCCAAUGGGUGACUCGUGAAACUCCCCCGGCUUGUCUGAAUGACACGUCCUUGGGAACCCACUGUUAUGUUAGGAUCAAGGAGUCUGGCCUCAGGUUUCACUAUGUUGCUGCUGGAGAGAGAGGAAAGCCACUCAUGCUGUUCUUACACGGAUUCCCUGAGUUCUGGUUCUCCUGGAGAUACCAGCUGCGAGAGUUUAAGAGUGAAUUCCGUGUGGUGGCCAUCGACAUGCGGGGCUAUGGGGAGUCAGACUUGCCGCUCUCACCUGAAAGUUAUCGCUUCGAUCACCUGGUCACCGACGUCAAGGACAUCGUGGAGUACUUAGGAUACAACAGAUGUUGCCUCGUUGGCCACGACUGGGGAGGAACCGUAGCGUGGCUGUUUGCCAUUCAUUACCCAGAGAUGGUGACGAAGCUCAUUGUUCUCAACUGUGCCCACCCUUCUGUGUUCGCAGAUUACGCUCUGCGUCACCCCAGCCAGCUGCUGAAAUCCAGCCAUUUCUUUUUCUUCCAGCUGCCCCGCUUCCCGGAGCUCAUGCUCUCCAUCAAUGAUUUCAAGGCUCUGAAGGCCUUGUUCACCAGCCGAAACACGGGGAUUGGAAGGAAAGGUCGAUGGCUCACUGCAGAGGACUUAGAGGCCUAUCUGUACGCUCUCUCACAGCCGGGAGCUCUGACUGGAGCCCUCAACUAUUACAGGAAUGUCUUCAGCUCUCUUCCCCUGAGCCCGAACCACGUCAGGUCUCCAGUGCUGCUGCUGUGGGGGGAGCGAGACGCCUUCUUGGAGCAGGAAAUGGCAGAGGCUUGCCGCCUCUACAUCCGCAAUCAUUUCCGUCUCAACAUCAUCUCUGGAGCCAGUCACUGGCUGCAGCAAGACCAGCCUGAUAUUGUAAACACCCUCAUAUGGACCUUCCUCAAGGAGGGAGAGGGACGCAAAAGCUACAGGAACUAAAUCCACAGAGAGGCCUCCUCCAGCCCCCCCCCCCCUCACUUGCCACACCUGGAAGCCUGGAAAAUGCCUGUGAUACCAAGCAACAUAGUGAUAAUGCAAUCAUUGUUUUAAUCUUUCACAUUUCAGAUAUUUUUUGAAGAGGUCAGCUGUACAGGAGAGAAUCAAAGCACACUUCAGUGGAGAGGACACUGGGCCAUAUAUAUAUAUAUAUAUAUAUAUAUAUAUAUAUAUAUAUAUACAUAUAUACAUACAUAUGUGGCACACAUUCAAAAUAUUUUUUUGCACAUGACAUCCGCCUUAAAGUUUGUCAGUUACAGCAUUACAAAUGUGUGGCGAAAUCUCCUUGUGACUUGUAUUGUGUGGUGCCUUUUGACUUUCAAGUUGUGGCGGUGUAAAGAUGUCUGGAGAGACUGGGAUAGGGUGUCGUCUGCUGUACGUGUAUGUCUCAUGGGGUCGCUUCUUUGGGCACAGUCCUUUGGGAGCAGAACGCUCCACAUCCCUUUAUCAGGUAGUGUUGUCUAAGGAAGGUUUCUUUUUGUAUCUUUCUCCUCAGAGAUACCUGCUGAAUUAUAGAGAAUGUUGUUAUCUUAAUCUUUAUGUAUAGAAAUGUCAGUGAUGGUUGACUAUGGUUGUACUAUUUUGUAUCUAUUCCUACACACUGCAUUUUGAAAUCCACUGAGCCAGAUCUACACCAUUUGAUUUUAUAAAUAAAACUUGAGUGUCAAA